UUAAUGAGGGGAGGGGGCUAACGACAGGAGGCAGAAAGAAUCAGCGGAAUGUCAGAGCGAGAGGUAGAGGGGGAGAGCAACGAGGAGACAAGCUGAUCAUCCUCAUAAGAAAGGAAUGAAAGUUUCCCCAUUAACACAAUUGUUGAGCCCAUGGAACGCCUACCUGUCUAACCGGGGCGAGGGAGCAAAGAGAAUAUAGUUAAUAAAGCCAGUAAAGUUGGAGUGAACUUAACAGAUUUGCUGAAAAAUGAAUGAAGAAAACUGGGAAAAGCUAGAAAUUGAGGAUGAGAUGAAGAUUUGCGCAAUUAAACAAUAAGAAAGAAGAUAAUAAGAGUAUAGAAGACAAAAAGGGAAGAAUGCCAGGCCAAAAGAACAAGCAAGAGAAUGGUAAGAAAAGAGAUUAGAGAACUGGAGUAAGUCCGAGAGCAGAUUAAAGAUCAGGAUUAGGUGUCUUGCCUGAGCGCUCUAUCCCCUCUGUCAUGGGCAGAGCCUCGGGAUCUCUCUAGGAAUCGGCCAUAGUCAACCAGUACCUUAAGUAAGGAGCACCACUUCCAUACAAGAACAGCCCUGAUGGAACUGGAGGCUCGCUGACUUCAUUGGAUUCCAACCAUCCAAGCCAUGAUCCCCAUCCACUACUAAGCUCUGAAGUUCUAUCGAUGUCAUGCAUCAAUCGACCUCCCUGCUUUUCCUCUCCAACCACCCCAGGUGGACAUCAUCAUGUUCCUACUUUCUCUAUUGCUUUUUUGUCCUUCUUUUACCAAAGAUAGCUUGGACGGCCACCUUCCAAAUUGGACUUGUAGGUCCUUGGACAUGUGAUCCUUUCUUGGCCAAAGCUCUUCCUAAAGUGGCAGCUCAGCUGGCUAUUUCUGACCUCAACAAAGACCGUUCCCUAUCCUCCGGACUUUGGUUUGAUUACUUAUUAUUGACUCAAGGAUGUUCUACACCCCUUGCACUAGCUGCCUUCACUCAUAUGGAAAAUUCCGCAACUGCCUUUGUUGGCCCCGCCAACCCUGGAUACUGCUCAUCUGCCAGCCUACUUGCAAAAGGAUGGAAUAAACCAAUGGUUUCCUGGUCGUGCACUGGGGUCCUGAGCCCACUACCUUAUCCUGUAGAUGUUCUGUAUUCCGUGUUCAAGUUCUUCCGCUGGGCUGGAGUCGCUAUAGUCACUGGCCCUCAGGAUCAUUGGAUUGGAGCUGGCAUGGAACUGGGUGAUGCACUCCGAGGCUGGGGUAUUCCUGUGGGACCCGUAAUCGUCAUGGAAGGGGGGGCAGAAGGGCCAAAGGAAGCACUGAAAAGAAUUAAAUGGAGACAAAGAGUAAAAGUCGUGGUUAUGUGCAUGCACUCGGUUUUAAUCGGCGGUGAGGACCAGCGCCGCCUACUGGAGGAGGCCCACGACAUGAGAAUGGCAGAUGGCUCAGUGGUCUUUAUCCCUUAUGACACUCUGCAGUUUAGUCUUCCGUAUGAUCGCAUCUUCCCUGUAUUCACUAACAACACCAAGCUCCGGCGAGCGUACGAUGCUGUCCUUACCAUCACUGCCUCCUCUGAACACGGAAACUUUUAUGAAACCUUUCAGGAUGCAAAAGCCAGACAUGAGGUUCCUCAAGAUAUUGAUCCUACAGAGGUGUCCCCUCUAUUUGCCACCAUAUACAACUCCAUCUACUUGCUUGGCGCCACCGCCGACCGCUCAUACCAAGCUACGCAACGAGUGACCGCCUCUUCCACCACACGUCAUGCUAAAAACAUCCAGCUGGAAGGCUUUGGGUACCCAGUCAACCUCGACGAGGACGGGGACUCGCAGACCAACUUCGUCAUCCUGGACACGGAUGGGGAGAGCAGAAGACUUUUCCCUGUUUAUACUUUUCAGUCGGCCACGGGGGAUCUCAUUUUUCGCCGGGAUAUUCAUUUCCCCUAUUCGUAUCGGAUUGGAACCGACUCUGACUGCUGGUUUGACCGGAAUACAAUCUGUACUGGAGGGGUGGAUCCCGCCUAUGUAUUCCUCAUCUUCAUCCUUCUCUCCAGCUUUAUACUCAUUGGAGGAUCCUUUACAUGGUAUAUCAGGCGUCGCAUUCACUACGCCAAGCUUGCUAAGGGGCCCAAUAAGAUCUUCCUUACAAUGGAGGACCUGACUUUUAUUCAUUCACAUAGCAAAAAGAAGGUGGUGGAUGACAGCCGGUCAAGCCUAUUGGGGAGGAGCGUCAGCGAUAUGCGCACACCUCGGCAUUCGGUAUCGGGGAAGAGCGUGGCAGCCGCUACCCCACACAACACAAACAUCGGGGUGUUUGAGGGGGACUGGGUGUGGCUGAAAAAAUUCCCUGGCGAGAAACAUGGAGACCUCCGUCCAGCUACAAAAAAUGUCUUCUGCAAGCUCCGUGAGCUCCGACAUGAGAAUAUCAACCUCUACCUGGGUCUCUUCGAUGACAUCGGAGUAAUAGGUGUGGUGUCCGAACACUGCUCUCGGGGCAGUCUGGAGGACCUCAUCCAGAACCAGGACAUGAAGCUGGACUGGAUGUUCAAAUCCUCCCUUUUGCUCGAUCUCAUAAAGGGCCUGAAGUUCCUCCAUCAUCGUGAGCUUCCUCAUGGCCGCCUUAAGUCGCGCAACUGUGUUGUAGAUGGGAGAUUUGUCCUAAAAUUGACUGACUUUGGCAUGAAUGAGCUCUAUGAUGCUCAAAGACUGCCCUCAACUCAGCUCCAGCCUGAGGACCUGUUCUGGACGGCCCCCGAACUCCUUCGAGACGCUACCCUCUGCCAAAGAGGCACCUACAGAGGAGAUAUCUACAGUUUUGCCAUAAUAAUGCAAGAAGUUAUUGUACGAGGGCCUCCAUACUGCAUGCUGGAAGUCACAGCUGAUGAAAUAAUACGGAAAGUUCUGCGUCCUCCGCCUCUAUGUCGCCCCUCGGUCUCUCUGGACCAGGCCCCCCCUGAAUGUAUCCAGCUAAUGAAGCUAUGUUGGAGUGAGCAGCCCGAGAGAAGGCCAACCAUAGAUCAGAUAUUUGACCAGUUUAAAAAUAUAAACCGCGGACGCAAGACCAAUAUCAUUGACUCAAUGCUCAGGAUGCUGGAGCAGUAUUCCAGUAACCUGGAAGACCUGAUCCGAGAGAGGACGGAGGAGCUGGAGGUGGAGAAGCAGAAGACUGAUAAACUCCUUACACAGAUGCUCCCACCGUCAGUAGCGGAAGCUCUGAAGACCGGCACUCCAGUGGAACCAGAAUAUUUUGAUGAAGUCACCAUUUAUUUCAGUGAUAUUGUUGGGUUCACCACCAUCUCCUCUCUCAGCGACCCCAUUGAAGUGGUUGACCUCCUCAAUGACCUGUACACACUUUUUGAUGCCAUCAUCGGUUCCCACGAUGUCUACAAGGUGGAAACUAUCGGUGAUGCCUACAUGGUGGCCUCUGGUCUUCCAAAAACAAAUGGUAAUCGUCAUGCAGCGGAGAUUGCCAAUAUGUCUUUGGACAUUCUCAGCUCAGUGGGGUCCUUCAAGAUGAGGCAUAUGCCCGAUGUUCCUGUACGGAUUCGGAUUGGCCUCCAUUCUGGCCCAUGUGUUGCUGGUGUGGUUGGGCUCACAAUGCCUCGAUACUGCCUCUUUGGUGACACUGUAAACACAGCUUCCCGUAUGGAAUCCACAGGACUUCCAUACCGAGUCCAUGUAAAUCUUAGUACAGUUACUAUUUUACACUCUUUGAAAGAAGGAUACCGGUUUGAAGUCAGGGGCAAGACUGAGCUCAAGGGUAAAGGUGUAGAAGACACUUACUGGCUGGUAGGAAAGGAAGGAUUUACGAAACCUCUUCCAACCCCACCAGAUGUUCUACCAGGGGGCAGUAACCAUGGCAUCAGCAUGGAUGAGAUCCCAGUGGAAAGGCGAAAGAGACUCGAGAAGGGCAAGAAAGGGGACCAGAAAAAAAAGAAAUGAAGUGAUUGUGCCUCCUUCAACUUCUAAUGUUCUAGAGCCGCCGAGAAGGAUCCAGACACAGUACCGGACUCAAUACGGUCUAGGCCAAAAGGAAAGAGGACAUGUAGAACGUUCAUCUUUGUCGUUGAAUGCAUCUCUUGUUUAGGUAGUCCCAGCCAGAACAUCGCCACUUUUUUUUGUUUUUCAAAAACUCAUUUCCUAUAUACAACAUCCUGGUAUCUGGGGGUCUCUGAGUAAAACAGGAGUCCCCCGUGUGAUUGAGGGGCCACACUGGGGGCCUCUGGUUACCAUCAAUGGCGAGAUCUUUGACGUAGAACUUUGAAGGAUCUGGCAAUUCAUCACUCUGACGGAAGAGAAGACCAACUGCAUUAUGGGAGAUCUCCUCUCCGUUUGACUUUACUCAUUGGCUGAGGUCGGACUAAAGAAUGUCUGACUCGCUGAGAAUGUCAGAGAAUGUCUGACUCGCAGAAUGUUUGGCAAAUGGGAUGUUUGAAAGACAAUCUUUGUAUCUGAAAUUUAGUGGGGGGGGGGGGGAUUGAUUCCAUUGGUCCUUUUUUGAGCUAAUAGGGUCAUUAAUCAAGAAAGCUUAAAGCUGGCCAAUCCCACAACUUCACAGCUCUCACUGUAACCGGGGGCGGGCCAAGCCAACCGGGUGCCCUAGGCAACCCGGUCGGCCACCUCGCCCUUGCACCUUCCUCAUUCGCCCCCCUUUGGCGUGCAUGCGCAGUUGAACGCGGGGGGGCGGGGUUCGCGUCGCAAUUCACUAUUGCCCCCACCGCAUAAGGACAAGCGGCGGGGGCAAUGACUAAAGAGCGCGGAGUAGGGGUAGGCAGGAGAGACUGCCUGGCGCCCCCCAAUCGUUGCGCCCUAGGCAGCUGCCUCUUCUGCCUACCCCUAGUUCCUGAACGUGUAUGGCCAGCUUUAGCGGUAAAUUCCCUAAUUUGCCCAUUAAUCACUGUACCCUCAGCCUUUGGUUGCCGCCAUAAGGAAAGAUUAUUGACUCCAUUUAUGUUACAAUAGCCAAGUAGCCAAUCACUGACAUGGUAGUUGUGUAUCCUUAUAGAUCUCCUUUGUCUUUUAGCUUUCACUAUGUCUGUUAGAUAUUAAUAGUAUCUCUCUAGGGUGUGAUCAUUAAAUUCUUAUCAACAGGGGGGUUGGGGUGGGGGGGGUCGAAAUCUUGUUUUCCCAUUUUUUUGGUCCUAUGUCUAAAAAGGAUGCAAUUAGUUUCUUGCAAAUAUCCUUCUGUAAAUAAAAGUGACAGUUAGUUUAGA